AUGCAAAAAGGCUCCGCACGGAGCUCGAGGCCCUCGAUGGCCUCGUCUUCAACCAGCGCACGAACAGGCGUGCCUGGACGACCCGGCGUCAGGCAGACAACAACUCGCACAUCCUCCCUGCGGCCACCGAUACACCAUGCCGUCAUGGCAGCCAGGAUCGACCGCAUGGCCGCUCCAUCCCCCGCCGAAUCUCUCCUCUCCGCCGCGGCCACCGGAACUAAGCGCAAGGAACGCGAGUUUGAGAUGGAGGCCAUUCUCGAGACAAACAUCAACGUCGUCGUCCGCUGCAGGGGCCGCAACGAGCGCGAGGUCAAGGAGAACAGUGCUGUCGUCGUAGAAACAGAAGGCGCAAAGGGGAAACUUGUCGAAUUGUCCAUGGGUCCCAAUGCUGUCACCAACAAGACAUACAACUUUGAUCGCGUCUUCUCCCCGGCUUCUGACCAGAACAUGAUCUACGAGGAUGUUGUCAAGCCCAUCCUUGACGAUAUGCUAAACGGAAUGAACUGCACCAUCUUCGCCUACGGACAGACGGGAACCGGCAAGACCUACACAAUGUCGGGAGACAUGAACGAUACAUUUGGGAUAUUGUCGGAUAAUGCUGGUAUCAUUCCUCGCGUGCUUCACUUUCUCUUCAAGAAGCUAGACAGCGAAGGAAUUGAAAGCUCUGUCAAGUGCUCCUUCAUCGAGUUAUACAACGAAGAGCUUCGCGACCUCAUCUCGAAAGAGGAAAACACAAAGCUCAAGAUCUUUGACGACACCUCCCGGAAAGGUCACACCAGUACCGUCGUCCAGGGCAUAGAAGAAACCUACAUCCAGACAGCUGCACAGGGCGUCAGGCUUCUUCAAGGCGGCAGUCUGAAGCGUCAAGUCGCGGCUACCAAGUGCAACGAUCUCAGCAGUCGAAGUCACACAGUCUUUACUAUCACGACCUGCGUCAAGAAAACCGGCGAAGAUGGGGAGGACUAUAUUAGCACGGGCAAGUUGAACCUGGUCGAUCUGGCCGGUAGCGAAAACAUCCAAAGAUCUGGCGCAGAGAACAAGCGGGCAGCCGAGGCCGGUCUUAUCAACAAGAGUCUGCUCACACUCGGCCGUGUCAUCAAUGCUCUAGUCGACCGUAGCCAGCACAUUCCCUACCGUGAGUCCAAGCUCACAAGGCUUUUACAAGAUUCGCUCGGAGGACGGACAAAAACCUGCAUUAUUGCCACAAUAUCGCCCGCAAGAAGCAACCUCGAAGAGACAAUAUCAACACUCGACUACGCUUUCCGCGCCAAGAAUAUUCGAAACAAGCCUCAAAUCACCGCAAUGAUCAACAAGAAGACACUCCUCAAGGAGUUCACUUACGAGAUUGAGCGAUUGAAGAGUGAGCUAAUCGCUACAAGGACAAGAAAUGGUGUCUACUUGUCCAACGACAGCUACGAGGAAAUGACCGUCGAAAGCGAGUCGAGAAGGAUUCAGACCGAGGAGCAAGCCGCCAAGAUUGAGACACUAGAAUCUAAUCUGAGGAACAAAGUCCAGGAACUUUUCUCGCUGACCUCGAAUUUCAUGGGGCUCAAAGACGACCAUGAGCAAACAAGAACACAACUAGAUGACACGAAAGGUGUACUUGAACAGACAGAACUCGUUUUGGGCGCAACACGGAAGACAUUGGCUGAAGAAGCGCACAUUCGAAAGGCACAUGAGAAGACCGAGCAGGAGAUGCAUGCGAUAGGUGAUAAGCUGAUCUCGAAACUGCAAGAAACCGUCGGCCAUGUUGGCGGGCUACGUGCGAAGAACAAGAGAAAGUCCGACCUCCAAUCCUUGAACCGAGGCACGUGGGAAAUGUCUCAAGAUCAGGUCUCAGAUGUGACUGCUCUGGUGGAAAGCCGCGUCGAAGAGUUCCAGCAUGAACAACAAAAGCAUAUCUCCAGCAUAUCUCAAAGGAUGCAAUCAUUUGUGCAGGGCGAACUCCAAAAACUUUCUUCGACACAAUCAUUUCUUGACUCGAACCUGGAGCAUUUCGUGCAGUCCCGGGAAAGUGUUAUUUCGCAAAGCGAAAAGUCUAAGCAAGAAAUGGACGAAGUUCUGGAAGAGAUCAAGGAGGUCCGCGACAACAUCAAGGAAAGUGUUGGCGAGAGCCUCCAAGCGAUAGCUACGGCUGCUGAGAAGAUUGCCCAAGAUGUACUCAGCGAGCUGAGUAUGUUCCACAAUCAACUGCACACCUCUUACUCAUCUUUGGGUAAAGACUUCAAAUCGGUUUUUGAGACUUUGUUUCACCACAUCACUAGCCAAAGAACAGAGUCCGAUGGUCUUCGCGAGCAAUUGAAGAGUGCUAGUGAAACUAUCGUGCAGUCGAAUGCUUCCAUCUCUGCAAAACUACAAGAGGUGGUUGAAGAAGAGCGGAGGCAAGCCGCUGAAGAACGGAAGAAUCUUCUCUUGCAGAUUGCCGGUUUAAUUAACUCACAAGCUGAGCUCCAGGAGUCUCGACUAGCCAACAAGGCUGCGUCCAUACAAAAGAGUAUGCAGGAGAUGAACACAUCGUUUGAAGGAAGUAUAACAUCAUACUCACAAGGAAUGGAUGUUUGGGGCGACAAGGAAGAGCAGCUACUUGAUGAUGUGUCUAAAUCCCGAGAAACUCUAAAGACAAAAUUGCAGGAUGAUUGGAAUACUGCGGAUAAGCAUAGUACAUCGAUCCAGGAAACCACAAAAUCGGUUCAUGCAGAGACUGUGCGUGUUGUCGAUGAACAAAUGAAAGAUCUCGACGAACAGAUGACUUCGCUGGAUGACUUCGUCACAAGGGCCCGCUCACAAAAUGCCACCCACCACGAACAACACGCCGGUACCUUCGGCCAACUCUCCGAAACUGUUGAAAAUUCAUACAGCGGCAUGAAUGCACACUUCAAGGAGACUUUCUCCCGCGUCAAACACCUCGAAGGUGAAAUGGACACAGCAACUGGCACGGCAUCAGAAGCCCUCGAGCCUUUGAGCGAGAAUUUAUGCAGACCUUUGUCGCAACUACGGGACGAUAUCUCAGCCACCAAAUUGCAGGAAUAUCAACCGACCGGCAGCACUCCACAGAAGGUGUCCUACGAGUACCCAACUCAUCUCCCACAAACCAAGUCGCACUCCGCACUGAUUAACGAGCUGCACGGAGGCUCAUCGCCAAGCAAGUCGUCUGCCAAUGGGGGUGUCUUUGCCGAUGCAGAUCCAGAGCUCAGUGAGAACCGUUCACCUUCGCGACCACCAUCAUCGGAAUCACAAUCGUCUCACCACCCGCUUUCCAUGAGUCUUCGUGAGAUCCACCCCAAUAGCAGCAAUGGUUUUCGAGCUAGCGUUGGGCCGGGGCCUCUUGUUGCAGUGGCUCGCGAUGGUGAUAACUCACUACCGCUGUUCAAGAAACCCAAAACCACACGUUCUAGAAUUGGCAAGGCCGGUUCCGCACCUCCCGCCCAUGGUCGGGAGAACAUACCGAUAUCGAUGCAAAUGCUAUCUGAGGGUGCUGAUGACAAUACUGGUGAGAUCUUCGCGCAAGGCGCCUCGAGGAGAAAGAGCCCCCGACUUAAGUAG